GGCACCUUGGCGAGCUCCGUCACUCGGGCCGAGUCCUGCGCGCGAGCGCGUCGAGGCCUGUGGGCGCUGCGGGCUCCGGCGCUGAGUGAAGACCAUCGGAGUCUGGGACAGAUAAUCUUUAUUUUUGAUAGAAGUUAUCUCCGUGGCCUCCAUCAGACUUGUCAACUUGCUGUCUCACAUCAUCUGAACAGCUGACCCAGACAAACAUGGCCACUGCGAUUAGGGAUGUAGGAGUUUGGAGACAAACCAGAACACUUUUACUGAAAAGUUACCUAAUUAAAUGCAGGACUAAAAAAAGUAGUGUUCAGGAAAUUCUCUUUCCACUAUUCUUUUUGUUUUGGCUAAUCUUAAUUAGCAUGAUGCAUCCAAAUAAGAAAUAUGAAGAAGCAUCUGACACAGAACUUAAUCCUAUGGACAAGUCCAUGCUGUCUGACCUAAUUCUUGGAUAUACUCCUGUGACUAAUGUUACACGCAGCAUCAUGCAGAGAAUAUCUAUUGAUCAUCUUCCUGACGUUGUAGUUACUGAAGAAUAUGCAAGUGAAAAAGAAAUGGUAGCCUCCAGUCUCUCUAAGCCCAGCAACUUCGUGGGUGUGGUUUUUAAAGAUCUCAUGUCCUAUGAGCUCCGUUUCUUUCCGGAUAUGAUUCCAGUAUCUUCUGUGUAUAUGGACUCAAGAGCUGGCUGUUCAAAGUCAUGCGAGGCGGCUCAGUACUGGUCUUCAGGGUUCAUAGUUUUACAGGCAUCCAUAGAUGCUGCUAUUAUACAGUUGAAGACCAAUGUUUCUCUUUGGAAGGAGCUGGAAUCUACUCAAGCUGUUAUCAUGGGAGAAACUGCUGUUGUAGAAAUAGACACCUUUCCCCGAGGAGUAAUUCUAAUAUACCUAGUCAUAGCAUUUUCACCUUUUGGAUAUUUUUUGGCAAUUCAUAUUGUAGCAGAAAAAGAAAAAAAGUUGAAGGAAUUUUUAAAGAUAAUGGGACUUCAUGACACUGCCUUUUGGCUUUCCUGGGUUCUUCUAUAUGCAAGUUUGAUUUUUCUUAUGUCCCUUCUUAUGGCUGUCAUUGCAACAGCGUCCUCCCUGUUCCCUCAGAGCAGCAGCCUUGUGAUUUUUCUGCUGUUCUUCGUGUAUGGCUUAUCAUCUGUAUUUUUUGCUUUAAUGCUGACACCUCUAUUUAAAAAAUCAAAACAUGUUGGGAUAGUUGAAUUUUUUGCCACUGUGACAUUUGGAUUUGUUGGCCUUUUGAUAGUCCUCAUGGAAAGCUUCCCCAAGUCACUGGUGUGGCUCUUUUGCCCUUUCUGCCAAUGCACCUUUCUGAUUGGUAUUGCACAGGUCAUGCAUCUAGAAGAUUUUCAUGAAGGCGCUUCAUUUUUUAAUCUGACUGAAGGCCCCUAUCCUCUGAUCAUCACCAUCGCCAUGCUAGUGCUUGACAGCAUCUUCUAUGUCCUCCUGGCUGUCUAUCUUGAUCAGGUCAUCCCAGGAGAAUUUGGCUUACGGAGAUCAUCAUUAUACUUUCUAAAACCAUCUUAUUGGUCCAAAAACAAGAGAAAUUAUAAGGAGUUAUCAGAGGGCAAUGUUAAUGGGAAUAUUAGUCUUAAUGAAAUUGUUGAGCCCAUUUCUUCAGAAUUUAUAGGCAAAGAAGCUAUAAGAAUAAAUGGUAUUCAGAAGACAUAUAGAAAGAAAAAUGAAACUGUGGAGGCUUUGAGAAAUCUGUCAUUUGACAUAUAUGAAGGUCAGAUCACUGCCUUGCUUGGCCAUAGUGGGACAGGAAAGAGUACACUGAUGAAUAUCCUUUGUGGACUGUGCCCACCUUCUGAUGGGGUUGCUUCUAUAUAUGGACAUAGAGUCUCAGAAAUAGAUGAAAUGUUUGAAGCACGAAAAAUGAUUGGCAUUUGUCCACAGUUAGAUAUAAACUUUGAUGUUUUGACAGUAGAAGAAAAUUUGUCAAUUUUGGCUUCAAUCAAAGGAAUACCAGCCAACAAUAUUAUACAAGAAGUACAGAAAGUUUUACUAGAUUUGGACAUGCAGGCCAUCAAAGACAACCAAGCAAAAAAGUUAAGUGGUGGUCAAAAAAGAAAGCUGUCUUUAGGAAUUGCUGUUCUUGGGAAUCCAAAGAUACUACUGCUGGAUGAACCCACAGCUGGCAUGGACCCCUGUGCACGUCAUAUUGUUUGGAAUCUUUUAAAGUACAGGAAAGCCAAUCGAGUGACAGUGCUUAGUACUCAUUUUAUGGAUGAAGCUGACAUUCUUGCUGAUAGGAAAGCUGUAAUAUCACAAGGAAUGCUGAAAUGUGUUGGUUCUUCAAUUUUCCUCAAAAGUAAAUGGGGGAUUGGCUACCGCCUGAGCAUGUACAUAGACAAGUAUUGUGCCUCAGAGUCCCUGUCCUCGCUGGUGAGGCAGCAUGUCCCUGGAGCUACCUUACUGCAGCAGAAUGACCAACAGCUUGUGUACAGCCUGCCUUUCAGAGACAUGGACAAAUUCUCAGGUUUGUUUUCUGCUCUAGAUAUUCAUUCAAAUUUGGGUGUUAUUUCUUAUGGUGUUUCCAUGACGACUUUGGAAGAUGUAUUCUUAAAGCUAGAAGUUGAAGCAGAAAUUGACCAAGCAGAUUAUAGCGUAUUUACACAGCAGCCACAAGAAGAGGAGAUGGAUUCAAAGUCCUGUGAUGAAAUGGAGCAGAGCUUGCUUAUUCUUUCUGAAACCAGAGCUUCUCUAGUGAGCACCAUGAGCCUCUGGAGACAGCAGGUGUCCACAAUUGCGAAGCUUCAUUUCCUCACCUUGAAACGAGAAAGCAAAUCGGUGAAAUCAGUGUUGCUCCUGCUUCUGAUUUUUUUUGCAGUACAGAUUUUUAUGUUUAUGGUCCACAAUUCACUUAAAAAUGCUGUAGUUCCUGUCAAACUUGUUCCAGACUUGUAUUUCCUGAAGCCUGGAGAAAAGCCUCAUAAAUACAAAACGAGUCUCUUGCUUCAAAAUUCUACUGACUCAGAUAUCAGUGAUCUUAUUAGCUUUUUCACACACCAGAACAUCAUGGUGACGAUGUUCAACGACAGUGACUAUGUGUCUGCUGCUCCCCAUAGCGCAGCUUUAAAUGUAGCAAAUUCAGAAAAGGAUUAUAUUUUUACUGCUGUUUUCAACAGUACAAUGGUUUAUUCUUUACCUGUGAUGAUGAAUAUUAUUAGUAACUACUAUCUUUAUAACUUGAACGUGACUGAGACUAUCCAGGUCUGGAACACCCCAUUCUUCCAAGAGAUUACUGACAUAGUGUUUAGAGUUGAGCUGUAUUUUCAAGCAGCUUUGCUGGGGAUCAUCGUUACUGCAAUGCCACCGUACUUUGCCAUGGAAAAUGCAGAACAUCACAAGAUCAAAGCUUAUACUCAGCUUAAGCUUUCAGGUCUGUUCCCUUCUGCAUACUGGAUUGGACAAGUUGUUAUUGACAUCCCCUUAUUUUUUGUGAUUCUUACACUGAUGCUCGGAAGCUUGUUUACAUUUCAUCAUGGGUUGUAUUUUUAUCCUAUAAAAUUCUUUGCUGUGGUUUUUUGCCUCAUUGGUUAUGUCCCAUCUGUUAUUCUGUUCACUUAUGUUGCAUCAUUCUCCUUUAAGAAAAUUUUAAAUACUAAAGAAUUUUGGUCAUUUAUCUAUUCUGUGACAGCACUGGCUUGUAUUGCAAUCACCGAAGUUACUUACUUUCUGGGAUACACAGCUACAAGUAUUUUACAUUACACCUUUUGCAUAGUCAUCCCCAUCUAUCCACUUCUAGGUUGCCUGAUCUCUUUCAUAAAGGUAUCUUGGAAGAAUAUACGAAGGAAUGACAGCCUCCAUGAUCCAUGGGAUAGGCUCUUAGUUGCUGUUCUAAUGCCUUUCCUCCAGUGUAUACUAUGGAUUUUCCUGUUACAACACUAUGAGAAAAAACACGGAGGAAGAUCAAUCAGAAAGGAUCCCUUUUUCAGGACUUUUUCAUCAAAAUCCAAAAUUAAGAAGUUUCCAGAACCACCAAACAAUGAGGAUGAAGAUGAAGAUGUCAAAGCCGAAAGACUGAAGGUCAAAGAGCUAAUGAGUUGCCAGUGCUGUGAGGAGAAGCCAGCCAUUAUGGUGAGCAACCUGUAUAAGGAAUAUGAUGAUAAGAAAGAGUUUCUUCAGUCAAGAAAAGUAAAGAAAGUGGCAACUAAAUACGUCUCUUUCUGUGUGAAGAAAGGAGAGAUCUUGGGACUUUUGGGUCCAAAUGGUGCCGGCAAAAGCACAAUCAUGAAUAUUCUGGUUGGUGAUUCUGAACCAACUUCUGGACAGAUAUUUCUAGGGGAUUAUACUUCACCUGCAACUGAUGAUGAUGGCUCCGUGAAAUGUAUGGGUUACUGUCCUCAGAUAAAUCCAUUGUGGCCAGAUAUUACAGUGCAGGAACACUUUGAAAUCUACGGAGCUGUGAAAGGAAUGAGUGCGAGUGACGUGGAAGGAGUGACCAGUGGAAUAACAAAUGCCCUUGAUUUGAAAGAACAUCUUCAGAAAACUGCCAAGAAACUACCUGCAGGGAUCAAGCGAAAGUUAUGUUUUGCCCUCAGUAUGCUUGGGAACCCUCAGAUGACUCUGCUGGACGAACCUUCUACAGGUAUGGAUCCUAAAGCCAAACAGCACAUGUGGCGAGCAAUUCGAACUGCAUUUAAAAACAAGAAGCGGGCUGCUCUUCUGACCACUCAUUACAUGGAGGAAGCAGAGGCUGUCUGUGACCGAGUGGCCAUUAUGGUGUCUGGGCAGUUAAGAUGUAUCGGGACAGUACAACAUCUAAAGAGUAAAUAUGGAAAAGGCUACUUUUUGGAAAUCAAAUUAAAAGACUGGAUAGAAAACGCAGAAAUAGACCACCUUCUAAGAGAAAUUCAAUAUAUUUUCCCAAAUGCAAGCCGCCAGGAAAGUUUUUCUUCUAUUUUGGCAUAUAAAAUUCCCAAGGAAGAUGUCCAGUCUCUUUCACAGUGUUUUUCUAAGCUGGAACAAGCUAAGCACACCUUUGCCAUUGAAGAAUACAGCUUUUCUCAAGCAACAUUGGAACAGGUUUUUGUAGAGCUCACCAAAGAACAAGAGGAAGAAGAUAACAGUUGUGGAACUUUGAACAGCACACUGUGGUGGGAAAGAACUCAAGAAGACAGAGUAGUGUUUUGAAUUUGUGUUGUCCACUCCUGCUUACUGACAUCGAAAUUAUUUAUUUUUCAUUUCACGUUAACUUAAUUUUAAGGUUUGUUAUUUGAAAAGUAGCAGGAGAAACAUGAAAGUGCUUGGGAAUUUCCUAAACUCCUUCACUAAAAUACUGUAAUUGUGUAUUUUUCUUUCUUUUAAAUAAAAUUUGUGUAUAAUUGAAUCAGUUUGCAUGUUUGUAUCUGAAACAAAUUGAAUAUAGUUUGUAUGUCUUUUUCAUUUUUCCUAAAAAUGGCCUUUCUCAGUUUACAAUUUAAAGAAGGUGAUAGAAUAAUUUUGAGUGGAUGCAUUUGAAUGUAUACAAUCCUGUUGAAUAAUUAAAUAAUUUCCAAGUGUUUAUUAGUAAAAAAAAAAAUGAAUGUCUAACAAGUACAUAUAAAGAUAGGGCAUGG